UCGAGUGUUGUUUAAUGCCGGUGUCACUGCUAUAGGUUAAAUUAAAGUUCCUCAAUAUAUCGGUUAUAUCAAUCAUUUUUUCAGUAUUGUGACGUAAUUGUUAAAUAAUUACAGUAUGGUCGUGUUUACUUGCAACCAUUGCGGCGAUUCAUUAAGAAAGCCCAAAGUGGCUAUACAUUACCAGCAGAUAUGCCGGAAUGCACCCUUUGUAACCUGCGUGGAUUGUCUGAAAGAUUUUCGAGGUGAUGAAUACGUUGCACACACUAAAUGUAUAACAGAAGCUGAAAGAUAUGGCGCAAAACAUUAUGUUCCAAAACCUGGUGCAAACAAGGGUGAACGCAAGCAGCAAGAAUGGAUUAACAUUGUUAAUGAUUUGCUGCAUGGGACAAUGGAACUGUCAAAUGCAGAAAGGAACUUUCUGAAUACUUUGUCAAAAUAUGAAAACAUACCAAGAAAGAAAGCUAAAUUUCUUAACUUUGUGCGCAAUGCAAUAGGUAAUCGUGUAAAUGCGACAGUUGUGGAGAGUACAUGGAGCAAAAUGGAGAAUGCGCACAAGCAGAGUCAACAAGUAGUUACAAAGGCACCAAAGAAAGAUCCUAUACAAAAUCAAGAGCAGAGUAAAGAUGAGACAACACAUACUCAAAAGGAUUCUAACAAUUCAUUUGACAAUCAGAAUCUCGCAGAAAAUCAAAAUAAUGAAAAUAUAUGUAAAGAAAAUAAUUCUAUGAGUCAUCAAAAUGAAAAUGAUAAUGCAUGCGAGAUAACCAAUGGUUACCUACAUGAAACUCAAAAUAAAUCUAAAAAACGAAAAUUGGAAUUAACCAGCAUUCAAUCAGAAGAUCAAACGGUUGCAAAAAUUAAUAAACAAUCUAGUUCAGAUAAUGGAAACAAUGUUGCUACAUUCUAUUGGAAGAAAACUAUUUUAGAUAUUUUACAAAUUAAGGGUGAAAUUCCUUUAAAAAAACUACGAAAUAAGGUUAUAAAAAAAUAUAUAUGUUAUGUUUUUAGCUUAAAUGAUGAUACCUUUAAACUGACUGAAUAUGCAAAAGCUAUUGCAAAGUUUGACAAAACAAUGGAAAAGUUAAGAAAAUCAUCUGCAAUAUGUAUUUUAAAUAAUAAAAUUAAAUUAUUGUAG